AAUAAUCUGACAGAAGCAAAUGCAUUUGAUUUCUUAUCACAGAUUUUAUUAAAAAUAAUUUAUAUACAAUGCAUCAGGCUUAUAUUAUACAUAAAAUACUGAAACAAGGCGUGCAAAUUGAAUGUAUUGCAGCUUAUGAUAAUAAUGUCAUACUCGGAACACGUAGUGGUCAGCUCAUCAUGUACUCUGUAGACGAAAGCGGUGAUGUCGAUAUGUUAAUGUUUAAUAAAAACUUCAGCAAAAAGGCUAUUGUACAAAUGCAAGUUAUACCGGCAGAACGUCUGCUCUUCGUUCUCACUGACAAUGUAGUACAUGUUUGCGAUAUCAGUCAAGUCGGUAGUAAUUUCACUUUCAUUCAUAGUGCUAUGGCCACAAAAGGUUGUACAUUAUUUGCCUUGGAUGUGAAGACCACGAAGCUACCGAACGGCGAGAUGACCACUGUAAUUGGUGUAUGCUGUGCAAUAAAACGUCAACUUCAAUUUUUCUAUUGGAAGCAAGACAAAUUAAACACAUUCGAAUUCACAAUCGAGCUCAAGGAUGUCCCGAAAGCGCUUUGUUGGGUAGACGAUGCUGUUUGUAUAGGUUUCAAGGAUGAGUACGUCAUUUAUAACAUGUUACCUACCAAGCCCGAAAAGCAUGAUUUAAUUGUAACGUCAUCAUCGCACAGCAUGGAUCCAUGUAUUUGUCUUUUAAAACAUAAAAUGUUGGGUGUCUCUAAAGAUGUGUAUCUCGUUGUAAUUGAUCCAAAUGACUAUGUGAAAAAGCCUGAUGACAGGCUUAAGUCACAUGGAGUAAUAGAUGCAGCAGUUGGCAGUGUUGAAAUAAAAAAUAAGCCAAAACCAAUGAUGUACAGCAGUUCAUUGCUUGAUAUAGUUUGGGAUGAACCUUAUGUAAUCGGCCGCGUUGCUAAUGGUAUUGAAGUACGCUGCAUAGAGAGUAGCAGCAUAAACAAAGACACUCUGGUGCAAACCAUACCAGAAUUAAAUAAAACUAAGUUCUUAGUACGCUCUGGGAAAGGUACCAUAUUUGCAGCAGCUAUGUCUGAAUUGUGGUGCAUACGUAUGGUUGAUGUACCAACACAGCGUAAGAUCUUACUUCAACAGAAGAAAUUUCAAUUGGCUAUUGGUCUAACGAAUAUUUCAGAAGAGCCAGAUGAUAUUAAAGCCUCUACAAUACGCGAAAUACACAUGCGUUAUGCGCGUGAACUAUUCGCCAACAAACAAUUUAGCGAUUCCAUGAAGGAAUUUGAAAAAGCUGUUGCAGACCCAUACGAUGUUAUACGUCUUUUUCCAAAUUUGCUGCAAGAUCAAACGAACAAACCAAGUGAAAUAGUCGUACCUGCGCCACCAACACCACAAUUGGAGGAGAAGGAUAUGGAAAAUGCGCUUCUGGCUUUAAUCGAAUUUUUAGCCUUAGCACGCCAAAAAGAAGUGGUUAAACUACGUGACACUAAAAGCACGUCCAAAUCAUUGCUGUCCAUCAUUGAUACUACACUUUUGAAAUGUUAUCUACAGACCAAUGACUCGCUUGUUGCACCGCUGCUCCGUUUGAAUCAAUGCCAUUUAGAAGAGUCGGAAAAGACUCUAAAGAAACAUGAUAAGAUAUCAGAGUUGAUAAUAUUGUAUCAAAUGAAUGGAAAACAUAAGAAAUCAUUAGAAUUACUAAAAGCACAAGCUUCCGUCGAAGGUUCCAGUCUCUUUGGCUAUGAUCGUACUAUUAAAUAUUUACAACAACUGGGCAGUCCACAAUUGUCAUUAAUAUUUGAAUUUUGUGAUUGGGUAUUAAAGGAGGCGCCUGAAGAAGGAUUGCGUAUUUUUACAGAUAAUUUUAUUGAAGUCGAAAAUUUACCCCGAGCCAGUGUACUCGAUUUCUUACUUAGUCGGCACAAAGGCUUAGUUAUACCCUACUUGGAGCAUGUCAUUAAUGUAUGGAAGGACAACAAUACCUUACUGCAUAAUGUCUUAGCUAAACAGUAUCGUGAAAAGGUGCACAACUUGCUCGAAGAGAUAAAGAGGGAAGAAAGUGAAGAUAAGAGCAACGCCAAGGAAAACAUUAGGAAAUACCGAGAAAAACUAUGCGAUUUUUUAAAGAAUUCCCAGAACUAUUCGCCCGAGGUAGUGCUGAAAGAUUUCCCAACAAAUGAAUUGCUUGUGGAACGUGCAUUGAUACUUGGUCGUCUCAAAGAGCAUGAAAAAGUCUUAGCCAUUUAUGUACAGGUGCUCGGUGAUGUGCAAAAAGCUGCGGAAUAUUGUGAGGCGAAUUAUGCUGAUGAUAAGGACAUUUUUGCCACACUCCUAAAAACAUUAUUAAAACCCGUGCGAGAGCCACCUUAUGAAAAUGUAGAACUUCAUCCAGAUUUUUUGCGACCAAAUGAAGAUAUAAUAUUGGAACUGUUAAAUAAAUAUGCGGAAAAAAUCGAUCCAUAUGUAGUUGUACCGUUAUUGCCUGAUGAUAUGCCUGCGCAGUCUAUAUGGAAAUAUUUAGAAACAGCGCUACGUGUUGAAAUCGCUGAACACCACGAAAAAGAGAUGAUGAUUGGACUGCUUAAAGCGGAAAUUCAGCGUGUCCGGCGACAAAUACGCGCGGAGGAAAGUAAAUACGUUGUACUAACAGAAUUCACUGUAUGCCCACAAUGUAAGAAACGAUUCACAAAUCCACCUGCUUUUGUACGUUACCCUAACGGGGAGGUGGUACAUUUAUCAUGUCAUGAUAAGUACGCUCAAUCUACUUCGAGUACUAGUAGUUAAAUUAGUAUAGUAGAUAUAAAG